AAAAAUCAUUGCAUGAGAAAUAAAACACUUAUAUGAGCCAGAAUUUGUUGUUAUUAAUAUCGACAGAUAUCAUCAGACUUCUGACAGAUCCGUGAUGGACUGAAUAAGAAUAUAAAACCAUAACAAUGUAAAGUUUGAGAAAAUCAGCUGCAAAGUUUUUUCUCAGUUUACUUUUUGAAAUGAUCUGAAACCCAUUAGAUCAUUUUCAGAGUCAUUUAAUUUAAAUAUCCAAAACAUAUCAGUGCUUUUUAUUGAUCUUAUUUAUUGUUGUUGGCUCUCUUGUUUAUUUGUAUUUCACUUUGAUUCACUGUUUUUAUCUUUGAGCAGCUUUUGUUUAAUAUAUAGCUGAUGUCAUGUUACUGUGAGGUUUUAUUAGUGGUGCUACAGUUGUGUUGGUACCAGUGUUGUCAUGUUUUUCAUGUCUCUUUAAAAACCAGUAGAAUAACAGUGGAGAUGAGUUUGGUUUCUUGUGUAUUUUUUCCAUUUGAGAUGCAGACAGCUGACAGAGCUUCAUCACAUCAUCAUCAUCUUCUCUUUGUGCUCUUCCCAUGAAAGUUAUGUUGACAUGAUGAUGUGAUCUCAAAGCAGCGCGACGGAUCGUAUUCAUCAUAUUUAUCAUCUGUUCCUUUAAUAAGCUCCACCUCUUACAGGAUAUCAUGUGACACAAAGCAGGAAACAGGUUCUUACUGUUCAGCUUCACUGGAAGGAGGCAGACAGACGCAACAGCAUUUAUCAGAAGAGGUCUGACAAAGCUCCGCCCCUCAGCUGACUCACCUGAGACAAAGCAGGAAACAGUUUAUUCUUCGUCUCUAAAGAGACACACAGACUGAAAAACAGACGAUCAGAUUCACCUUCAGACCAAACUACCAGCUUCCUCUGAGUGAGAACAGCUACAGGAGAGAAAAGUGAAAACUAGAACUCUGCUGCUUCAACCUGCUGACUCUCCACACACUGAAUCUUCACUCAGAGACAAAAUGGCUUCCAGAUCAGAGGAGGAUCUCUGCUGUCCGGUCUGUCAUGACAUCUUUAGAGAUCCUGUUGUUCUGUCAUGUAGCCACAGCUUCUGUAAAGACUGUCUGAAGAGCUGGUGGAGACAGAAACAAACACGUGAGUGUCCAGUUUGUAAGAGAAGAUCUUCAAAGGAUGAACCACCUGUUAGUCUGGUGUUAAAGAACCUGUGUGAGUCCUUCUUACAGGACAGAGAUCAGAGAGCUUCAGAGGCUCUCUGCAGUCUGCACUCUGAGAAACUCAAACUCUUCUGUCUGGACCAUCAGCAGCCAGUGUGUCACAUCUGCAGAGAUUCAGAAAAACACACCAACCACAGAUUCAGACCCAUUGAUGAAGCUGCACGACAACACAAGAAGGAACUUGAGGAAACUCUGAAGCCUUUAAAGAAGAAGUUAAAGGUUUGUGAAGAAGUUAAAGUGAAGUUUGAUCAAACAGCAGAACACAUUGAGGUCCAGACCCGACACACAGAGAGGCAGAUUAAGGAGCAGUUUAAGAAGCUUCACCAGUUUCUAGAAGAGGAAGAGGAGGCCAGGAUGGCUGCUCUGAGGGAGGAAGAGAAGCAGAAGAGUCAGAUGAUGAAGGAGAAGAUGGAGGCUCUGAGCAGAGAGAUAGCAGCUCUUUCACACACAGUCAGAGCCACAGAGGAGGAGCUGAGAGCUGAAGACGUCUCAUUCCUGCACAACUACAAGGCUGCAGUGGAAAGAGUCCAGCGCUGCCCCCUGCUGGAUGAUCCACAGCUACUCUCAGGAGCUCUGAUAGACCAGGCCAAACACCUGGGCAACCUGACCUUCAACAUCUGGAACAACAUGAAGGAGAUGGUCUCCUACACUCCUGUCAUUCUGGAUCCAAACACUGCUGGUCCAGAACUCAUCCUGUCUGAAGAUCUGACCAGUAUGAGAUUUGGAGAGAAACAGCAGCUUCCUGAUAAUCCAGAGAAGUUUAACUUCUUCCCUUCUGUUCUGGGCUCUGAGGGCUUUAACUCAGGGACUCACAGCUGGGAUGUCGAGGUUGGAGACAAUACAUACUGGAGACUGGGUGUGUUAUCAGAGUCUGUCCAGAGGAAGGUAGGCAUACAGUCUGGAUUAUGGGAAAUAGGGCUCUGUGGAGGUAAAUACUUUACAUGGUCACCAUCAGCUCCCCCCACUGAUCUCCCAGUGAAGAAGAAGCUCCAGAGGAUCAGAGUGAAUCUGGACUGGAACAGAGGAAAUCUGUCGUUCUCUGAUCCUGAUACUAACAAACACAUACACACCUUCACACACACUUUCACUGACACACUGUUUCCAUUCAUUUACACUUGGUAUAAACUCCCACUGAAGAUUUCCCCACUGAAGGUCUCUGUGACAGUGGAACAGAGCAGUUAGAGACGGCGAUGAUGAUGAUGGUUCUUAUAAUUACUGUCAUUUAUUUCUUAAAGGGAAAAGUGGCUGAAUUUAACCUCUGAAGCUUCUGUCCUGCUGCUGUCUCAUUAUUCCAAAAUAUGUUCAUGUUGUUUUAGUUGUUUUAUUUUCUAAUCUUUAUAGUUUAUAUCUUCAGCCUUAUUUUUAGUUUUUUAUUGAUACUGUAUCAUUUUCAAUAGUUGUUAAUGUUUUCUGAUGUCGAUGUGGAUCCAUGAAGACCAGCAGCCAAGAAUCAAUGACUGUAUGUUGAAAUUAUAGUUUUCAAACAUUAAAGGAAAAACUCACCGCUGUCAAUAUGAGGAUUUCUUUAAACUAGAUCACCUGUGUAGUAGAAAUGUGCAAUUAUUUUUGAAUUAGGUGCCCUUUGACUAUAGAAAACUAAGAACAAAUGUGUAGAUUAUUUAUACUGUUCUUAGGGGAGAAUCCUACAACAACCAGAAUGCAUUGCAGACAUCACGUCCAAUCAGACUGACUCACGAUGUGUUUACGUCCAGCAGAGCACCAAAGACAAAGAAAGCAGAGACAAAGUUAGUGAGCAGCAGCAUAACAUCUCUUUCCUGAGGCUUAUUUUCAUUUACAAAACGUUUUUCUCUGUCGAGUCUGUUUUCAAAGGAUCAUAAAACAAACAGCACGCUGGAGUCACCUACGUUAUGGAUGAGAUCUCCUUCAUCAAUUUAAUGUACUUUGUUUUUUUCAUGCUAAUCUGUGACAUGAGGGAUGUGCA